CUUUAAUUUAUUAAUUAUAUAAUUUUUUAUUCAUUUUUCUCACUAAAUUAAUGCUCAAACAAAGUCAUCUCUUCUCAUAACACGCAUCGGUCUUCUGGGUCUCAUCUAAAUUUUCAACCUUUACUCUGUUGAACGACAAUGGAAAUGAAUAACAAUCACGGAGGAGUUUCUUUUGAAACGGAGAAGAAACCCAAGACGAAGAUCGUAUGCACGUUGGGUCCUGCAUCGAGGUCGGUCCCCAUGAUCGAGAAGCUGCUGAGGGCCGGCAUGAACGUCGCCCGUUUCAACUUCUCCCAUGGAUCUCACGAAUACCACCAGGAAACCCUCGAUAAUCUCAGGGCCGGCAUGCUCAACACUGGUAUUCUCUGCGCCGUCAUGCUCGACACCAAGGGUCCUGAGAUCCGCACUGGGUUUCUAAAGGAUGGGAAAAUUCAGCUCAAACAGGGUCAAGAAAUCACCAUUACCACCGAUUAUACCAUAAAGGGCGAUGAGAAACUGAUAAGUAUGAGUUACAAGAAGUUGGCCGAGGAUGUCAAACCAGGGAUGGUCAUACUUUGUGCGGAUGGUACAAUCUCGUUUACCGUCUUAUCUUGCGACAAAGUAAAGGGUCUGGUUCACUGUCGCUGCGAAAAUUCUGCAAUGCUUGGUGAGAGGAAGAACGUUAAUCUUCCAGGGGUUGUUGUUGACCUUCCUACCUUGACUGAAAAGGACAAGGAAGAUAUCUUGCAAUGGGGUGUUCCGAACCAAAUUGAUAUGAUUGCUCUUUCUUUCGUCCGAAAAGGGUCGGACCUUGUAGAGGUCCGCAAGCUGCUUGGGAAGCAUGCUAAGAAUAUUCUUCUCAUGUCGAAGGUCGAAAAUCAAGAAGGGGUAGCAAAUUUUGAUGACAUCCUUGCAAAUUCAGAUGCAUUUAUGGUGGCACGAGGCGAUCUUGGAAUGGAGAUUCCGAUUGAAAAGAUAUUUCUAGCACAGAAAGUGAUGGUUUAUAAGUGUAACAUCCAAGGAAAACCUGUUGUCACUGCAACACAAAUGCUUGAGUCCAUGAUAAAGUCUCCUCGGCCAACCAGGGCUGAGGCCACUGAUGUUGCCAAUGCAGUUCUCGAUGGCACAGACUGCGUGAUGUUAAGUGGUGAAACUGCUGCUGGAGCUUACCCGGAACUUGCCGUUGGGACCAUGGCCAAAAUAUGCGUAGAAGCAGAAAGCACUCUUGACUAUGGAGAUGUCUUCAAAAGGAUUAUGGAACACUCACCUGUUCCGAUGAGCCCGUUAGAAAGCCUGGCUUCUUCAGCUGUUAGAACCGCAAAUUCAGCAAAAGCAGCUCUUAUAUUGGUCCUAACAAGGGGAGGAAGUACCGCAAAGCUGGUGGCAAAGUACAGACCCGGAAUGCCCAUUUUAUCCGUGGCAGUCCCCGAGAUCAUGACUGAUUCGUUCGAUUGGUCAUGCAGCAAUGAAGCUCCAGCAAGGCACAGCUUGGUCUAUCGUGGUUUGAUCCCGGUUUUAUAUGCUGGAUCUGCCAGAGCUUCUCAUGAGGAGACAACUGAGGAAGCUUUGGAGUUUGCCGUGCAGCAUGCCAAGGCAAAGGGACUCUGCCGCACAGGGGAUUCGAUCGUUGCUCUGCAUCGUAUCGGAACUGCAUCCGUGAUCAAGAUCUUGACCGCAAAGUGAGUGCGUUCGCCUCGUGAUAUCCGGUUAAGCAUUUCUAAUGUCAUUUUUUGAAGGUUCCCUGGUACAAGGGGUUACCACACUGCCAUUCUUAUGCUUCAUCGUUUUUGUUGUUUUAAUUUUGAAUGCAAAAGUUGGUGAUUAAGUUCACAGGUACAAUGAUAUGAUGAUAUAUUUGGGACCUAAAAA